CCAACUCACCGGCGCGCUGCGCGCACUUGCCGGGAACGGGAGGCACUACACACCCUGACCUGACGCGCAUCAUCAGCCCGUGCGCCACGAACGCCACACGGAUCCACCCACCACCAGUAAACUCCCCGCCCUCCCCCCGCUGGCUCGGCUCACCAAACCCUGCCGCCUCGUGCCAUCCUCUUCCUCCUCCCUACUUAAAUGAAGCGUCCGCACCGCCGUUUCCACCAAACUCCCCUGCCCCCUCCUCCUACUCGCACCACCCGCACCAACCAACCCCGGCCAGCCACCCCCUCGCGCAAGCGACAGCGCGAUCCCGUUCCAUCGUCCAUGGAGGCGGAGGCGUUCCCGAUACGGUUCACGCGGGGCGUGCGCGCCUACUGGCGCCGGCGCAAGUACCACCGCCUGGAGGCCGCGGACGGCACGGCCAGUGGCGGAGCCACGCGGCAGCUGGGCGCGGCGCGGCGCGGCGGGUGGGGCGCCAUGCGGCGGCUGCGCGUGCGCGUGCGCGUGGCCCUGGCCGCGCCGCGGCGCGCGCUGGCGCGGGCGCGGGACGCGUACGUGGGUGCUAUGCUGGCGCUGGCCAGGCGGGCGUCCGCGCUCGCGCUGCCCGGCGGCGCCGACGGGCUCUGGGCCAAGCGCGUGCCGCGCCGGAAGCAGCUGCCGGCGCCGCGGGCGACGGAAUUCGAGCAGCGGCUCAUCCUCGAGAUCUACAAGUCCAUCGUCGCCUCCAAGGAGCUCACCACCAUGCUCCACUCCUCCGCCGCGCACCUGCCGCCGCGGGCGGCUGCCGCCCCGAUGCCCGCCAAGCACCUGCUCGACAUGUAAGCCGGAGAGGGCGUGCGCUGCUGUUCCGAUCCGACGCGAGCUGUGUACGCUCGUAGCGAGAGUGCGAAUCUGAAGCUUAAUGAGCGCCGUUAGUUAUGAUGUGCAUCCAGUAACACCGUCCUUGCCCUGUGAAUUAGAGAGAGAAUUUAGAGCCGUUCCGUGCUUCCUCUUUGGGUGCAUGUAGAACCCUAGGUGGGCGGGUGCAUGCAAGCAAAGCAAGCCGCCCUGCUGCGAAAGAGGCAGCGUGCAAAGUGUAAAUUCAAAGAAAAUCCGCAAAGCAAAUCCGUGGCUUGGCUUUGUGUAUGAUUCAGAGAUAAUUCAGCAUCGUUUUUUUUAAAAAAGAAAGAUUAUUCAGCGAC